AUGGCAUCGGCAACCCAAGGGCUCACUUCUGAACAGGUUGACUUUUUCAACAAGAACGGCUACCUACUGAUACCAAAUGCACUGUCACAGGACAAAGUCAAGCAGCUCCUUGCUGAGACCAGCAAAAUGCUGCACGAUUUCGAGCUGAAGGACCAUCCAAUGACCAAGUUCUCCACUGGUGGCGAUGACGGCGCAGACCAUGUAGGUGACGCGUACUUCCUGGAAUCCGGAGACAAAGUGCGCUUCUUCUUUGAGGAAGAUGCGUUCGAUAAGUCUGGCAACCUGAUCAAGCCUAAAGAACGCGCCAUCAACAAGAUCGGUCACUAUCUUCACGAACUGUCUCCUUCCUUUCGCAACAUGUCUCUCUCCGCGAACAACGCAGCCAUCGCACGCGACCUCGGCUUCCGCGAUCCCCGGGUACUACAAUCCAUGGUUAUUUGCAAGCAGCCUGAAAUCGGCGGCGCCGUGCCCCCACACCAGGACAGCACUUUCCUGUAUACAGAUGCGCCGAGUGCAGUGGGCUUUUGGUAUGCGUUGGAGGAUGCGACCAAGGAGAACGGAUGCUUGAGCUUCGCGGCAGGAAGCCACAAGCGCGCUGGGAUCAAGCAAAGAUUCGUACGGACUGGCGAGAACGGCAAGAAAGGAACUGGGUUCAUCGACAACGAAGGGCCGCAGUUCCCCAAAGGGCUGCAGACAGACGCUGGUGCGGACAAGGAGGAGGCAUACGACAUGGGCGAGGUCAAGGCCGGCACACUGGUGCUCAUUCAUGGCAACAUCCUGCACAAGAGCGAGAAGAACACCAGCCAGAAAAGCCGGAAUAUAUACACGUUCCACGUUAUUGAGGGCGAGGAGAGGUACGACGAGCGAAACUGGCUGCAGCCGCCCGUGAGUGGCUUCUCGAAGCUCAGCGUCGGUGCGUAG